CAUGGAAAACGACGACAUUCUAAAGAAUUUGUCGAAGGAGGCAAUGUUACCAUGGCCUAAAGAUCCUGCUUAUUUUCGAACAGCAAUUAUGUAUGGUAGUGUACUAGGUAUAGGAUUUUUCGGUAAUCUCCUGGUUGUAGUCGCUCUUUUGCAUCGUUCUUGUCUACCAGAUAAAAAGGAGAAAGUAAUGACUAUGUCUUUUCUCCUAAAGGUAAGCUGGUCGGGCGGAGAUACUUUGUGUAAAGUAGCUUAUUUUAUUCAAUUGGCUUCGGCUACAUCGUCUAUUCUCAAUUUAACAGCAGUCACUAUUGAAAGAUACGCAGUUAUUGUGCAUCCGAUUCGAUCAAAACAUUGGUACAUCAUUGGAAAUGUCAAAAAGAUAAUUUUGCUUGUAUGGUUUGCAGCUUUUAGUCUUGCCAUCCCAAAUAUUUUUGUCAAGACAGAAGUGACGUACAACUAUACAUCGGCUGACGAUAAUAGCUCUACUGUGCGGACCUAUUCUACUUGCUCUGAUGGUUUAGAGGGAGGCAAAAGACAAGCACUAGCUUGGUAUCAGUUUGGUAUCCUGUUUCUCCUUCCUAUCAUAGUCAUCAUCUACUGCUAUACAUUCGUUAUUAAGGUUUUGUGGGUUAGUACAAAGAUGCUAAAGCAUAUGACUCAAGGAGAAAAUGAGAAUUGCAGGCAGCGUCUUACUCAGCAAACCAGUCGUCGAAGACAUUUAGAUCAAGCAUCUGAAGCGAAAGAAGGAAGAAAACAGGUUAUCAAACUGCUCCUGGCUAUCGUCUUAAUUUAUGCCAUCUGUUGGGGUCCAUAUUUGGCGCUGGAGCUGAUGAAAGCAUAUGAGCUAACAAUUUUGCACGCAAAUCAUGCUUUUGAGGCAACAAUUGUCAUAAUUCUAUUACCAAUGAUUCAGAGCACUAUUAAUCCAAUAGUGUAUAGUUUCAUGUCAAAGAAUUUUAGGCAAAGUGUUAAGAGCUUAUUAAGAUUCGGAUUCUCUAAGAAGAAACAGGCAGAUCGUUUGGAAAUGGACGCUACCAAGGGGGGACCUACUGCUGCGACGGAAGUUUAA